AUGGAAAAGCUCCGUCUUCCGACCUUCGACGGUGUUUCCGACCCUUCUGCUCACGUCACAUACUUCAAUAUCGCGAUGCGACGCGCAAACCUUUCUGACGAAGAAAAGGACGCCGGUUUUUGUCAACUUUUUGUCGAAACCCUAGAGGGCAUCGCUCUUAACUGGUUCACUGGCCUCCAGGAGAACUCCGUCGAUAGUUUUCACGACCUCUCAACGGCUUUCCUCAAAAAUUACAUCAUGUUCACUCGACAGGAGGCCACUGCCACGGAUCUCUGGAACCUCAACCAUGCCAACGGGCAAAGCUUGAGGGAUUUUAUGGAAAAGUUCAAAUCUAUUGUCUCGAAAGUCAACGUACCGGACCACAUAGCCGUGGAUUCGUUGAUGAAUACCCUCCACAUUAAGUCGCCAUUCCGGGCUGACCUCUACCGACACCCAACGAGAUCGGUACCGGAUGAAAUCGCUCGUUCCAACAACUUCAUCCGAAUGGAGGAAGAUACCAGAGUUAAGGCGGCGAAAGAAGCAGCCGGAAAACAGACUCCCGCCCGGAUGAACGACGCUCGUCACGAACCACACCAACAUUCUACAGGUGGCAAGCCCAACCAGAAGAAGGGUUAUAUGAACGCCGUCGACGAUGGAGAACCCUCAGGCUCCGCCAUUAUGAUGCGAGAGAAGGGAUGGAAUCAUUGGGAUCGAGACGCCAACCAGCAGAAGUCUAGUUCUCCCGAACCGACAAGCUCAAGUAUUGCGGAGCCGAGCAAAUGGUGUUCUUAUCAUGAAGUCAAAUCACACGAUACAAAGGAUUGCAAAGUUCUUUACGGACAUUUCUUCAAGUCCAUCGAAAGCGGGAAAUCGAGAUAG